CAUCGACAUAGUGUUUAUCUUUAACAAUAACAGCAAAUGACUGGCGUCAAUAUGACAAGCAUGACCCCUGCAAAGAAAGGCGACCUGACAUCUGAAGAAAGACUGAUGCUACAGGUUGCUGCUGCAGGUGAUGUGCAGGAGGCCACCCAGCUGCUCAGCAGUCCAAAUGUGCGUGUUAACUGUCUGGAUGAGUAUGGCAUGACCCCUCUCAUGCAUGCGGCCUAUAAGGGCAAAGCAGACAUGUGCAGACUGCUGCUGCGGCACGGAGCGGAUGUCAACAGUAAUGAGCAUGAGUACGGUUAUACAGCCCUCAUGUUCGCUGGCCUUUCAGGUAAUGCAGAAAUAACAGAGAUGAUCUUAGAUGCUGGAGCAGAGACGGAUCUGGUCAACUCUGUGGGACGGACUGCUGCUCAGAUGGCUGCCUUUGUGGGUCAGCAUGACUGUGUGACUGUGAUCAACAAUUUCUUUUCUCGUGCGAGGCUGGAAUACUACACCAGACCCCAGGGCUCGGAGAUUGAGCCUAAACUACCACCCAAACUAGCAGGACCCCUACACAAAAUCAUCAUGACUACUAACCUCAAUCCCGUCAAGAUGGUGAUGCUGGUGAAGGAGGACCCUUUAUUGGUGGAUGUGGUUGCCCUGGAGAAGUGCUACCGUGUGAUGGAUCUGCUCUGCGAGCAGUGCGUGAAACAGCAGGACAUGAACGAGGUUCUGGCCAUGAAGAUGCACUACAUCAGCUGCGUGCUGCAGAAGUGCCUGGCCUUCCUGCAGGAACGAGACGACAGCCUGGACGCCCUGUUGAAGAGCCUCUUGAAAGGAAGAGAUGGUGACGGCUUCCCUCAGUACCAGGAGAAAUUCAUCCGUGAUUGUAUCCGGAAAUUUCCCUAUUGUGAGGCAACCCUCCUGCAACAGCUGGUCCGAAGUAUAGCGCCUGUGGAAAUUGGGAACGACCCCACAGCCUUCUCGGUUCUGACCCAGGCACUGACAGGACAGAUGGUGCUCAUGGACACAGAGUACUGUGCUACAUGCGGAGAGAAGGGUGCUGACAAGAAGUGCUCCUUCUGUAAAAUGGUGGUCUACUGUGGGCCGACCUGUCAGAGGCUGCACUGGUUCACCCAUAAGAGGCAGUGCAAAACCCCCGCGUCACAGAGAGGCACCCGCCAACCCAGACUCCCCAGCCACGUUGACGACAACGAUGUAGUGAACGCCGCCAGCUCCAUGCUGGCUCUGUGUCUGGGUUUGUCGAAGUGUGCGCUUCAGAGCCAUCCCUCUGAAGACCGCAGUGAAGCCUCCGAGGUCUCUGAGGAUCCUCCCUGCGCUGGAAAGGACUGAGGAGCAGAAAGAUAUCGCUUAUUGUUUCUUUGGCCAGGUGAAGUUCAUGCUGCGCAUAUAGAGCACAUAACCAACAGCUAACCAAAGGAAGUCCUAUUUUAACUGUGGGAAACCGUUUGAUUCUCCAGACAUAGAAAGAAAAUAAUGUACUUGCUGAAAAUGUACUCAACUUCAGGCCAUUCAUGACGUAGAUUUGGUUUUUUGAUUUGUUGUACAUUUUGCAUUACAUCACCAAACAGCUGAUAAAAACACAAAAAUCCACAAGUAGUGCACACCGCCUCAGUCCAUCAGUUAUUGUAGUGAAUUUAAAACCUGUGUCUUUGUAAAACAAAUGGUUAAAAUACAAGUCCUCUAUCCUCUAUAUAACAUUGGUUUCUCCAGUGAAAGCAGUCGUCUCGUCUUAAUCAGGAGAGGAAUGUGUACGGAUCAAGCGCUUGUUACAAGUGACAGCAUUCCAGAAGAACACUAAACAAAUAUUUUAGUAAUUUUUUUAUAUGAAAGGAUGGAUAUAUUCACUGGAGAAAGCGUUAUUAUUUAUUAUAGGCUAUUGACUGUAAGUUAAAAAUGCCAUAAUAAUGGAUUUGUUUCUUUAAAGCACAGCUUUUCAAUUCACAAGGCAUUAACUGAUGGAUAUUAGUGUUGUGGAUUACUUUUGGUUCAUUGUGAUGCUUUUAUCAGCCGUUUGGACUCUUAUUCUGACGGCACCCAUUCACUGCAGAGGAUCCAUUGGUGAGCAAACGAUGCACUAAAUUUCUUAAUAUCCGUUCCGAUGAAAAACCAAAUUCAUCUACAUCUUGAAUAACCUGAGGCUGAGUAAACAUUCAGCUAUUUAUUUUUUUAUUUUUGGGUGAUCUCUUUAUUUAUGCGCUUUUUCAUUUUAAAGCCGUACCUUUUUCAAGUGUUUUUAUUUUUGCAUAACGUGUUUUUUUUUUUUUUUUUUAUCUGCUUUUUCCUUCUUACAUUAUUUGAUUUUAAGGACCUUCUAAAAUAGUUCAUACGGAAUGCUUAAUUCCACCUAAACAUUAAAGAUGAACUUAUUCCCCCCUCUUAUCAAAAAAACACUACUGAUUCAGUAGUUGUCCACCAGAGGGCAGCGUCCAUCCUCUGAAGAUCAAGUGUGAGUUUAAAUGUGGCAUCAGCAGGCGGUAUACUGUUUACUUCUUAGAAUCAAUAACAUACAUGCAUGCUUUAAAUGAGAAGAAUCACAGCGCUUACGUCUCUUUCAGAUGAGUUUUGAUCUCAAUAACGAUCGCCCAAUAAAACAGGCACCGGGUGAAGUUUAUUUAAAAUGUAAUGCCAAAAAAGAAACAUUUUUAAACGAAUAUGCAUCAUUAUCAUAAUCGUCGAUCGGUAUACACCAACAUAUUCUCAAAAAACAGUUUGGAAGAUGCUCCGUUGAAGCUGCGGUGUGUGUUUUGAGAGUUUUGAGAGAGCAGGGAUCUCCUCCGUGGACUUUCCCACACUUGGUCCUGUUGCACACAUCCUAAGGCACUCGCUCAGAAUUCUAUAGACGGCUCUGUCUGUUCCUGAGCGCUUUGUUCCCAGUCUCCACAUCCCCUCAUCCCAAGGGACUAUCUCACCCUGUGGGCCAAACGAGGGUCUAUUUAGCACACGGUUGUCACGUCGCAUGUCAAUAUACCCAUAACUCAGUGCCGUAACCUCUCUGUUUCCCCUGAGAUUCAUCCCUCUCCUGUCUCCAUCUAUGAGCAUGUCACGGUCAUUACAGGUGCAUGAAAGGACUAUCUCAAAUAUCCGGUUUUCAGAUGCAGAAAUUAGCGAAUGCCGCAUCGUAUCGCAUGACUUUGAUAUUCCUCUUUCAAGCCCCGAGGUUGCAUAUUCAGUGAUCCCCAAUAAACCCCCCCCUUUACCAAUAUGACUAACAGUGCUUUUUAGGUAAUAAGAGAUCAUUUCGACAGCAGUGGCUUUUGAAAUACAUUUUUUUUUCUUCAAGAAAAAAAGGGGGAGGGGGGCGGAAUCAGCACAAUAUUAAAGUGUUUUUUCAUCCAAAUCAAAGAAGUCCACCUGGGGGCAAGCGGAAUGAAUUAAUCGUAAAUGCCUGAGGAGCGAGUGAAACUAGACACUUUUUGUGGGAGCCACACAUUUUCGGUGGAAGAAAGCGAGUAUUGGGCUUUUGUGUUUUCUUCAUGUCGUUUGUGUUAUGCACAUUCAUUUGGUGAGCUCAUCGGAGGCACCUGUUUGGAUAAUUUUGGGGUAAAAUAAUCCAGGGCUAUCUCGUUUCAUAGGUUUUGUCAUGCAUGCCUGUACCUAGAGUUCAAUGCAUCAGGUUCACAUGUGGAGGAUCUAAAUAGGCUUGAAAACUCAUUCACACCUGAGAGCGCAACAUCCUCAGCACAGUGGCUCUCUGUUUGAGAGUGUUGCAAUGCUCACUUGUAUCAACCGAGUAGGUGUUUCCCACUUAAGAUCAGCAAUGCUAUCAUACUGAAAGUUUGUUUGCAUUCGUAAGAAAAAUUAAAUGGCAUGCUGCUGAUUCUUUCUUUCUUUUUUUUUCUUUUUAAUUUGAAUAAUAUGAAAAUUCAACAAAUUGUGAUUCAAGAAUCCCUCCAAACAUUCUUAAAACUGAUUGUCCUCCGCAAGGCUAUGGUAAUAAAAGAAAAUGUUACAAAUUAUUGUCACAGCA